UUUGAGGUUGUGUGUUGUUGUGUUCCGUGUUCGCUCGUUUGACACAUAAAAUAAUAAAGUUUGACAUUCUAGUCUAAAAAGUGAUAAUUUGAUUUGAUUUUAUUAAAAUGUCUGGAAAAUUUUCAAAUAAGCGUCAAAAAUGGAGUUUGGAGAAUGUGAAAAGUAAUCGAGUAGUUACUGAAGCACUAGCUUCUCCCCCUGCAUAUUCUAAUUCGUUUGUUACAAGCAGUAAUGAAGUUUCCAAGAAAACAGAUGUUUCUAGGUUAAUAACCAAGAAGUCGUGGGAUUUGGCUUUGGCUCCUCUAAAACAAGUACCAAUGAAUCUUUUUAUAUCUUAUAUGGCUGGAAAUUCAAUUUCAAUUUUUCCCAUUAUGAUGGUUGGAAUGUUAUUAAUGCGUCCAGUACAAGCAAUAUGGGCUACAAAGAGCACUUUUAAGAUGAUGGAAACAUCAAAUGCCAUUCUACAAAUGAUAGUAUAUAUUUUUGGUAACUUGGUGAAUAUUGGGGUAGCAUUAUAUAAAUGCCAUAGUAUGGGCUUAUUACCUACACAUGCAAGUGACUGGCUAGCAUUUGUAGAACCUCCCGUGAGAAUUGAGUAUUUAGGGGGAGGAAUAAUACAUCAUUAAUUGUGCUAUUGUAUUUAUAGCUUACAAAAUAAAGCCUAAUAUAAUUUUUCCUAAAUCUUA